AGGCAAAGGCGCCCCUCACUAACUACUCUAGAGGCCGCUCCCCGUAACUCCCAAUAAAGGCAAAGGCGCCCCUCACUAACUACGCUAGAGGCCGCUCCCCAUAACUCCUAAUAAAGGCAAAGGCGUCCCUCACUAACUACACUAGAGGCCGCUCCCCGUAACUCCCUCUUUCCGCCGAUAUACUUCUGCCGUGAGAUUAUAUUUUUUGAUAAGAGCUUCUUUAGUUCCUCAUAGUCCCCAUCCAGCUCUGGUGGGAGUUCCACAAAGGCAACUGAAGCUUUGCCUUUUAAACCAGGUGUUAAAUGCCUUGCCCAGUGCUCUGGUGGAGUGAGGCUGCACCUUUAUUGUGUUAAAUAGUUUCCCCCCAGGGGGCAAAUUAAGGCUCCACCCUCUCGUUAUCCCAUGCUAAUUACCUGCCUUUGAUAAACAUGUGACUAUGCUAAUGAAGGGCGUUAGAGUACAGGAACCCAUCAGCCUUCCUUUCCAUAUUGUGGGAGGAACCUUUUCCCCCAAACAAAGGCCCCGCCCAUAGGGGGUGGGAUCCAAAAUGGGCUAAAAAGCUGCGGGAAUGAGAGCUGAGUUAGUUUGGGGAAGAGACGUGUGGGUACAGGGUACAGGGGCUCUGCAGGCUAAUGAGGAGACUCUGCCCAAGGACAGUUAUUUAUUUAAAAACAGAAGAGGCACAGAAGCCCCAGAAGCUGACAAUUCUCUGAUUCUUUGGAUAAAGACAAGAGGCCAUUAGACCGUGCAACUUCUCCAACACCAGGAAAUCCACACAUUGGAGAGAAAAAUCUGUAUCCAAUUGAAAAAAAGCUUUAGUUCAAUGAGCAUUCCCAACUCCCAGAUGGAACUUCCCUCAGUGGCACAACAUGAAUGCCCAGAAUGUGGGAAAAGAUUCUCGUACAAAAACAAACUUAUUAUUCAUUACAGAGUCCACACUGGGGAGAAACCAUUCAUGUGCACGGAAUGUGGGAAAAAGUUCAGGAGAAAGCAAGACCUUACAGAACACCAAUUAAUUCACACGGGGGAGAAACCAUUCAUGUGCACAGAAUGUGAUAAACAAUUCAAUAAAAGGAGUAACCUUCUCAGCCACCAGAGGAUUCAUACAGGGGUAAAACCAUUUGUGUGCAUGGAAUGUGGGAAAAGCUUCUCCGACAAGAGCUCCAUUCAGAAUCACCAGAGAAUUCACACAGGGGAGAAACCAUUUUCUUGCACAGAAUGUGGGAAACGUUUUACCACAAAGAGCCAGCUUAGCAGCCAUUACAUGGUUCACACAGGGGAGAAACCCUUUGCUUGUGCAGAUUGUGGGAAAAGUUUUGUUUUAAAGGGAAACCUUACCAAACACCAAACACGCAUUCAUGCCUGAGAGUAACUUUCAUGUGUACUGCAAACUACUGCAAAGUCCAACCGUCAUCCCCAUAAGGUAGAAACCAUUCACUUGCACAGAAUGGGGUUUCCCCAAUAGAAGGUUUCAUCGCCUCCCCCAGAACAUUCAUACAGGGGAAGAGAUACAGUCACUGAUUUCUCCUCCAUAUUCUCCCAUUCCAACAUUGCCUAUUGGCCAUUGGAGCUGCCAAUCAUAUCUGUAGGUACCAACCCACACACUAUGGGGUUAUUUGUAUCUAAAAUAUAUUCCUCAAUAAAUGUAAUGCAAUAUUUCAGUUGUUUAUUCCUCGUUUUAUGUUUAUUUUAGUGCUUCUUAGAGUUCGGUGCAUUCUCUAUGUGCUUAAGGGCAAUUACACCUUUCCAUGGGAAAUUUCCUAAAUGAAAAAUGUUUUUGAUGCCUUGGGAAUGUCUUGCCGAGGGCCAAGUGCAAUGAGCAUUCCCAACUCCCAGAUGGAACUUCCCUCAGUGGCAAAAAGUUGUGAAUGCCCAGAAUGUGGGAAAAGAUUCUUGAACAAAAUAAAUCGUAUUCUUCACCAGAGAGUUCACACAGGGGAGAAACCAUUCAUGUGCAGAGAAUGUGGGAAGAGUUUCAGGCAUAAACAGGCCCUUGUACAACACCAGUUAAUUCACACAGGGGAGAAAACCUAUGCCUGUACUGUGAUAAAACGACUUUAUCUCUCCUGCUAUAAUGUAACUGUGGGGCAGAUGGUAUAUCCUGUGUUUAUGUCUGUUUAAUAUUAUGUGUAGCCGCCUGAAUCCCUGUUCUCCCAAGGUAACUGACCCCUGCUGUGAGGGCAAAUAAAGCCCGGACCCUCUGUAUUCCAAUACACAUAGUUGGCCCCAACACCCCCUGUUAGAGCUGUGCCCUGUCUGGAUCCUG